AUGGAUAUCUCUCCAGAUCAAAAAAAACUGUCGUCCAGACUACAUCAAGAUGUCACACUUGCAUGUGUGCAGAUGAAAGUUGGGAUAUAUAAGUCGGAGAAUCUUACCCGUGCCAGAUCUCUUGUGCUUCAGGCCGCUCAGGAGGGAGCGAAGAUCGUCAUCUUGCCUGAAUGCUUCAACAGCCCUUACGGCACGGCGUACUUUCGCCAAUACGCGGAGACUCUACCCAGAUCUCCAUCUCUAUCUCCGCAUAAUCCACAGGCAGAGGAACCGUCCGAAUCGUUCCGUAUCUUGUCGUCUACGGCGAAAGAAGCCGGCGUCUAUCUCGUCGGUGGUAGUCUUCCUGAACUAGACCCGGACCAGGGAAAGUACUACAACACUUGCCUGUGUUUCUCUCCAGACGGACAAUUACUUGCCACGCACCGGAAGAUUCACCUUUGCGACGUCGACAUCCCAGGCAAAGUUCGACUGCAGGAAUCCGAGGUCCUGUCACCUGGAAACGAGAUCACUAUUGUGGACCUGCCCGGAUAUGGCCGAUUAGGUAUAGCUAUUUGCUAUGAUGUUCGCUUCCCCGAGCUUGCCAUGGUCGCAGCGAGGAAAGGAUGUUUCGCAAUGGUGUAUCCGAGCGUGUUUUCGACAGUGACGGGAGAAUUGCACUGGAGCCUCCUGGCUCGAGCCAGGGCGUUGGACAAUCAGAUCUACGUGGCAAUGUGUAGCCCUGCGCGGACGUUCGAGAAAGAAUAUCGUGCUUGGGGUUAUAGUAUCAUCGUCGACCCUUUGGCGAGGGUUGUCGCAGAGGCAGAUCAUGCUGAGGCCACGGUCUACGCUCGUCUGGACAGCCUUUUAAUCGAAGACACUAGACGGAAUAUCCCAUUAGAUCUACAUAGGAGAUUUGACGUCUACUAG